CCUUUCCCUUUUCUUUUUCCCCCCAUUCCUCUUACUAAUUGCUCACCUAAUUUCCUCAAACUUCUUUACCAAGUAAAACAGGGAGAGGGGGGGCAUGAGGGGAAAAAAAGAGAGGGAAGAGUUUGGGAAUUGUGGGCCCCUCCCACUUUCCGGAGAUGCUCCAGCCCAUCCCUAAAUUGCAGACCAAUGAGGGUGCCUCAUUCGCAACUCAUGCACUCCUUCUGCAAUAGGUAAGGAGAGAGAGACAGAGAGAGCAAGAGAUAUAUGAAAAGAGAAAAACAGAGAGGGGGGAAAGCUGUGAAUGGGUCUGUGAAAGAGAGGCAGUGCAUAAAAAAAGGCCAGAUUGCAAGAUUGAAGAAGAAGAAGAAGUUGGAGCAAAGUGGAAGCCCAUGAGAAUAUACUAGAGACUGAAAGAUAUGCAGAUGAGCACAGAUGAAGAGGUGGACCUUGUGACAGGAUAGUUUUACGGUGCGGAUAACCUGCAGGUAGUAAAACAAGAGAAAAACUUUGGGAAGGUUCAGCAUUCAUCAAAGCUGCCUCGUAAAACAUCUCAGAGGACAGACAGGAAAUCUUGAGGCGCAGGUGGACAGACAGUCAUGCUGCUCAGGCUUCUGCUUCUGUGUGCUGCUGGAAGACUUUGGGGGUCCAACGCCGUAUGGGGGUAUGGAAAGAUUCAGGACGGAGAGGGACCAGAGGCACCUUCAUGCCCAUUUCACUGCCAUUGCGAAGAAGAUGGCAUCUUCCUCACCGUGGACUGCUCGGAGAUCGGACUGUCAUCUGUACCAAGCAACCUCAGCCCUUUCACAACAUACCUGGACCUGAGUAUGAACAACAUCAGUGAGAUCCAGCCCAGAGCUUUUCACCACCUGCACCUGUUAUCAGAGCUGCGUAUCUCAGGGAAUCAGCUGAGGUAUAUCUCAGGCCAAGCACUCCAAGGUCUUCACAACCUCAGAGUUUUGAUGCUUCAGAACAACCAGCUGGAGAGACUUCCAGAUGAUGCUCCAUGGGAUCUCCCCAACCUCCUGUCCUUGCGUCUUGAUGCCAACCUGCUCUCUGAAGUUCCAGCUGAAGCUUUCAAAGGCGUUCGCUCCCUGAGACACUUGUGGCUGGAUGACAACUCCCUAACGGAGAUCCCAGUGAUGGCCCUGGACUCUCUGCCGUCUCUCCAGGCUAUGACGCUGGCCCUCAACCAGAUCACUCACAUCCCAGAUUACGCAUUUGCCAACCUCUCUGCUCUUGUUGUGCUGCAUCUGCAUAACAACCACAUUCAGAGUAUGGGUUCAAGAUGUUUUGAAGGUUUACAGAGCCUGGAAACACUGGAUUUGAACUACAAUGACUUGCAGGAGUUCCCUGUGGCCGUCAGGACACUGAGCAAACUUCAGGAACUGGGCUUCCAUAACAACAAUAUCAAAGCCAUCCCUGAAAGGGCUUUUGUGGGAAACCCUCAUCUCCAAACCAUUCAUUUCUAUGAGAACCCCAUCCAGUUUGUGGGAAAAUCCGCUUUCCAGUUCUUACCAAAAUUGCACACACUUUCCCUGAAUGGUGCAACCCAGAUUCAAGAAUUUCCUGAUCUGAAAGGAACCACCAGCCUGGAAAUUCUGACGCUGACUCGUGCUGGUCUCUCAGCUCUCCCUCUGGAUCUAUGUGAGCAGCUGCCUCGCCUCAGAGUCCUGGAGCUGUCCCACAACCAGAUAGAGGAUCUUCCCAGCUUUUACCACUGUUCAGCUCUGCAGGAGAUAGGACUGCAGCAUAAUAAGAUCAGGAGGAUAGAGUCAAGCACCUUUCAGCAGCUCACCUCUCUCAAAGCCCUGGAUCUGAGCUGGAACGUGCUUGAGUCGAUCCAUCCGGAGGCCUUCGUCUCACUUCAUUCUAUGAUAAAACUGGACCUGUCUGAGAACCGUCUCAGCUCUGUGCCAGUUGCAGGUUUGGGAGGUCUCACGCAUCUCAAGUUGAGAGGAAACACGUUUUUGUAUGAGGCUUUUGGUCCUGAUCACUUCCCCCACAUUAGAGUGAUUGAGAUGCCUUACGCCUACCAGUGCUGUGUAUAUGCAUCCUGUGAUAGCUACAAGCCAGCGAGUCCAUGGGACACGGAGCAGAGCAACACUCACGAAGACCUACAGAAGAGGACUGUAGCCGUGUACCAAAUCCAGGCUGAUGCUCAAUAUGAUCCGUACUUGGAGGAUUUCCAGUUGGAAAUCGAGGAAUCCAAACUGCAGUCCAGUGUCCAGUGCACGCCCACACCUGGACCCUUCCGUCCCUGUGACUCCCUUCUAGGCAGCUGGCUGGUCCGUAUCGGCAUGUGGUCCAUCUCCCUGGUGUCUCUGUUGGGAAACUCCAUCCUUCUCCUGUCCCUCUUUGGAUCCCCUGGAAACCUGUCGCCACUUCGCUUCACUGUGGCCUGCAUGGGCGGUUCCAAUCUGUUGACAGGGGUGUGUACAUGCACCCUGGCCCUCAUGGACGCUUUAACUAUUGGAGAAUUCAACCACUAUGGAGCACGAUGGGAGGGGGGCCUGGGGUGUCAGGUGACAGGAUGGGUUUGGGUGUUUGCAUCGGAGGCGAGCGUGUUGCUGUUGACCCUUGCCGCAGUGCAGUGUGGCGUGAGCGUGACCUGUGCUCGGUUCUAUGGGAAAUCCCCAUCUCUAGGGAGUGUGCGAACAUGUGCAGUUUUUUGCCUCUCUCUGUCGCUGACACUCGCUUCUCUCCCACUAGUAGGGGUAGGAAACUACGGGUCCUCACCAUUCUGUCUCCCCUCACCCCUACCACCCCCAGCCUCUCGCCUUCCAUCCUCCCUGGGCUUUCCUUUGACCCUCAUUAUGAUAAACACUUUUUGUUUGCUUUUGGUCAUAAGUUCAUACAUUCGGCUAUACUGUGAGUUAUUAAGAGGUGAAUGUGAGGGCUUAUGGGACUGUGCUAUGAUCAAACAUGUUGCCUGGUUAAUAUUUACUAACAGUCUCCUCUAUGUACCCGUGGCCUUCCUGUCCCUUUGUUCUCUUCUGGGUCUUCUCUCUUUGGGAGAGGAGGUUCUAAAAUCGGUUCUUCUGCUUCUCCAACCGCUACCGGCGUGCCUCAACCCUCUCCUCUUCCUCCUCUUCACAAGAGACCACUCUCACUUUUUCUUCUGGCCUCGCCCAAAAUCACGUCCCCAGCUGCGAAGAGACCGCACCCUGGACUCGCUGGUUUCUGUGGAGACGGAGAAGAGCUCCUGCUCCGAUACAUCGACCCGGGUGUCGCUCACAGAUGCCGAUGCCAUAUACAGUGAGGGCUCCUCUUUUCAGGCCGGACUCGAUCCAAUCCGAUUUUCCCACUGCUCCUCCAAUUCGUCCGUUGCCCUCAUUCCCUGUCAAACACCAACUCUCACUGGUAGGGAGAGGGUCGAAGAAUGAGGAGAGCCUGAUCAAGAUGCAACUUUCUUAUACUCUGUUCUGUUUUUGCUCUAUCAUGACUCACUUCUCACCUAUGAGCCAAAAAAAGCUAGCUAUAUCAAAAUGUGGGACACAAGGGGCAUUAAGACCAUCAUCACACUGCGGCAGCAGCACCAUCUCUGAGCUAUUGGUGCAUCAGCUCAUCCAAAGCGAUGGGGGACAACAGGAAAGAGGACAACAAAACAAAGUCUUUACAAAUGUAGAGCAGGACUGAAGCUGGUUUCACGGAAAAGACAUUCCUCCAGAAAGUGUCAACACUGUUGAAAGCUGCAGACUUUUCAGUGAACCACAAAUAAUAAAACAAAAAAA